AUGACCAAGGUUAAAGUGCUCGUUAUUCAUGUUGAAGAGAAUAAUCUUUCAGCUGUCAUUGAAAAAGUGGAAAAACUAAAUGCCAAGUCAGGCCCAUUCGAUUGUGCCAUCCUGCUGGGUAAUAUAGGUUCCAAAUUGGAUUCUAUAAAGAUUACUGCAAAACUUCCACCAAUUUUUGUACCUGGUAAUGACGAUUCUAACAUAGAAGGUUUAGUGAUAUUGAAAAAUGGUAUUUAUAAAUCGGCAAGCAAACUAAAGAUUGGUUAUUUUACAGGAAGUAAUGAAGAAGAAUUGUCUAAAUUCAAUGAUCCUGUAGAUAUUCUUAUAACCCCUGAAUGUAGUGUUGCCAUUGGUAAGGAACAUUUAAAGACACCAGGGAAUAGUCAAGUUGAUGAAGUCGUGAAAUUAUCCCAUCCCAAAUACCAUUUUACAUAUACCGAUCCUAACAGUUUCGUGGAAUUAGAACCAUUCUUUUGGCAAGAAGAUCAAAAAGUGACCAGGUUUAUUAACCUGGCAGCAUAUGGAUCCAAAAAUAAGUGGGCUUAUGCCUUUAAUAUUGAUACCGAUGUUGAUGUACCUCUUCCAAGUGAACUUAUGAAUAAUCCCUACAUCUCGAACCAGUCCACAAGGAAGCAUCCUCGCGAAAGUGCUCAGUUGGGCGAGGAACCUCAGAAGAAGAAACCUACAGGUGAGGUAAAGAAAGUACUACCGGUAACUUGCCAUUUCUGUUUUACGAAUCCAGAUAUCGAGGACCACAUGGUAAUUUCCAUUGCAAGUAAAUCUUACGUUACUACUGCUAAAGGCCCUCUAAGUAUACCGAGAGGUGAUAUGGAUUUUUCGGGCCAUUGUCUUAUUAUACCAAUUGAACAUGUACCCAAACUGAAUAGAGAGGAUAAGGAUUUCUUUCAAAAUGAACUACGACAAGAAUUAUUAAGAUACGAAAAUAGCAUUACCCAGAUGAAUUUCAAGAAAUUCGAUAUGUCUACAGUGGUUUUCGAGAUACAUUCAGACAAUAUGGUUCAUUUUCACAAACAAGUAGUCCCAAUUCCCAAAUUCCUCACAAUGAAGUUUCCUGGUGCUUUAGAUAGACAAGUUCACAUCAAUAAUGAGAAAUUUGGUCGUAAUAGGAACAUAGAAUUCGAAUUUUUCGAGUCUCCUGAAGAUCCAAAAUAUAAGGAAAUUGUCAACGAUCCCAAGAGUAAUUAUAUGAUGUUUUCCAUCUACGAGACUCCAGAAGCACCACCUCGAGUAUACUUGGGAAAGUUCGAUGCAAACGAUAGAAUUGAUCUCCAAUUUGGCAGAAGGACUUUAGCGUUUUUACUACACCUACCAAACAGAGUCAACUGGAGAUCUCCUGCAUGUUUACAAAGUAAAGAACAGGAAGAAGCUGAAGUAAGCAGAUUCCAAAAAGCCUACGGAGACUACGAUAUUGCUGGAGCAACCGAUUAA